AGUAUUAAAUACCAUCACACUAGAAAAGAAAUAGAAAGAAAUCGGGCGAGGCCCACACUAACUUGACGGACUUUGACACAACCCAGCGGCACGGACAAGACGUUUCGUCGCAGCUCAAUCGCGGUUCCCGAUUUUCUCGGAUUGAUCUUGUGGUAGAUGGAAGAAGGUUCUGGAAACAGUGGGCCACUGAUUGGGGAUGAAGACAGUGACCCUGUAGUCGAUAUUGAGCAGGUUUUUGGGAUUGAUAGCGUUGACCUGGAAAAUGAUAGCGGAAUGCUUGGGAUUGACUGCCAGGAGUUUGAGAGCGAGAGUCAACAAGUACUUGGAGUUCAGGGCGAUGAUUUUGGUGAUGGUAAUCAGCAACCACUUGAAUUUGAUGGCAGAGACCUUGAGGAAAGUGAUCAAGUAUUUGAGUUUGAGAGCAAUGAUAGGGGGAAUGACAGUGAUCAAAUGAUCGAGAUUGCAAAUAGUGAACAUUUGAAUGGCUUAAAUGGUGAUGCAGUGACAGUUGGUAAUCAAGAUAAUGGAACUGAGGGAAGGAGCUACUCACCCCCAGUUGUAGGAAUGGAGUUUAGUUCGUAUGAUGAGGCUUAUAAUUAUUAUAAUUCUUACUCUAAGGGUCUGGGUUUUGCUAUUAGGGUUAAAUCUUCUUGGACAAAACGUAACAGCAAAGAAAAGCGCGGUGCAGUGCUCUGUUGCAAUUGUGAAGGGUUCAAAACUUUAAAUGAAGCUAGUAAUAGGAGGAAAGAAACAAGAACCGGUUGUUUGGCAAUGGUAAGACUAAGAUUAGUGGAGUGCAAUAGAUGGAGGGUGGAUGAAGUUAGGCUUCAGCACAACCACUUGUUUGAUCCUGAGCGAGCACAAAACUCAAAGUCACACAAAAAAAUAGAUGGUGGAACAAAAAGGAAGGCAGAACAGACCAUUGACGUGGAGGUUCGUACAAUCAAAUUGUAUCGAACACCUGCAGCAGAUGCAGUGGGUUAUGGAAGCCCAAAUGAAAGACACAUAAGCGAGCAUGUCAAUCAAGUUACGCGUUUAAAUCUUGGAUAUGAUGAUGCACAAGUAUUACAAGGUUAUUUCACCCAGGCGCAAUUAUUGUACCCCAACUUCUUUUAUGUUAUGGAUUUUAGCGAUGAAGGUUUUUUGAGGAAUGUAUUCUGGAUUGAUUCUAGGUCAAGGGCCGCUUACAUGUACUUUAGUGAUGUAGUUGCAGUUGAUACAACAUGUCUGUCGAACAAAUAUAAGAUCCCUCUUGUGGCAUUUCUUGGUGUUAAUCACCACGGGCACUCUAUCUUGCUUGGUUGUGGUUUGCUUGGCGAUGAGUCUCUAGAGUCAUAUAUAUGGUUAUUUAGAGCGUGGCUGACUUGCAUGUUGGGACGUCCUCCGCAGACUAUUAUUACAAACCAGUGCAGUGCCUUGCAAAGUGCAACAGCUGAAGUUUUCCCAAGGGCUCAUCAUCGUCUAUGUUUGCCUGUUGUCAUCCAAAGCGUUCUUCAAAAUGUGGGAGAACUGGGGGAAUCUGUAAUAUUUCAAACAGUUUUGCAGAAAGCAGUAUACAACUCAAUGAAAGUUGAUGAAUUUGAAAUGGCUUGGGAUGAUAUGAUUAAUUCUUUUGGAAUUAGAGAUAUUGAAUUCUUGCACACUUUAUAUAAGGAACGAGAGAGAUGGGCCCCAGUUUACUUUAAAGAUACUCUAUUUGCUGGAAUGUCUAUUUCACUGCCUGGUGAAUCUCUAUGUUCUUUUUUCAAGGAUGAUGUGCAUAGACAAACAUCUUUGAAGGAAUUUUUUAAAAUACAUGACUUGGUUCUACAGAACAGUUUCAAAAAGGAAGCUCUUGCUGAUUACGAGUCCAAACUGUUCACCUCCUUGUUGAAAACAAAAAGUAGUUAUGAGUUGCAGCUCUCUGAAAUAUAUACCAAAGAAAUAUUUUUAAAGUUUCAAAAUGAAGUGGAAAUGAUGUCCAGUUGCAUCAGUGUAACACAAACUAAUUCCAAUGGCCCAUGUAUCACAUUCUUGGUUAAAGAAAGAGAUGCUGUUGGAAUUACGAGGGAUGUAAAAAACUUUGAAGUGAUUUACGAUAAAAAUGGACAGGAAGUUCGCUGUAUCUGCAGUUGCUUCAAGUUCAAUGGGUUUUUAUGCCGACAUGCAUUAUCUGUUCUCAGUUACAAUGACAUACAUGAGGUUCCAGGCCAGUAUAUUUUGCAACGAUGGAGGAAAGAUGUUAAACGCAUCUAUAAACCAGAUCUUGGGUCAAAUCAAAUAAAUAUCAAUAAUCCAGUUCAGUGGUUUGAUCACUUGCAUAGACGUGUAACACAAGUUGUUGAGGAGGGGAUGCCAUCUGAAGGUCAUUAUAUGGUUGCUUGGCAAGCUUUGAAAGAGUCAUUGGAUAAAGUCCGACUUGUUGCAAAAGAAGCCUGCUAAUUAACCAAACUGAACGGUGCAUCGUCAAGAAUUAGGAUUUCUGGUGCUUCUGCUUUCUUAGAGCAAGUCCAACACUAUGCUAAGAGGUUCCCUAAAAAUAUUAUAGAAUAAUAUGUCUUAGUGAUUUAGCACAAGAUUUAGCACAUGAGCUCCAAUAGUAUUCCCUAUAUCCACUCCCUAUUAUUAUAAUAAUAUUAAAAAAGAGGGAAAGAGGAAAAACAAGAGAGGGAAAUGAUGUGGAGGAGAGAGGGAAAUGAAUAUUUUAAUGAUAGAAAUAGUUUAGAAGUGGCUAGCAUAUUCUAAAAAUAGGGAAGGGGAGGCUUGUGCUAGUGAUUUAGCACAUCACUAGCAUAGUGUUGGAGUGCAAUUUUAUCUCAUAUUCCCUAUUUUUGGAUUUAAGACUUGAUUUAGCACACCUAUUGGACUUGCUCUUAGUAUCACAAGGAAU